CAAGGAAAUCAAGUUCUGAAGCAAAGAUCAUGGGAAGCCAAGAGGUGAAGCUGGUGAGCUUUUGGGUGAGUCCAUUUGCCAUAAGGGUUGAGUGGGCCUUGAAACUCAAGGGUAUUGAGUAUGAGUAUAUAGAAGAAGAUAUCUUCAACAAGACUAGUCUCCUUCUUCAAUUGAACCCGGUUUACAAGAAGGUUCCGGUUCUUGUCCAUGCCCAUAAACCGAUCGCCGAGUCAUUCGUCAUCCUUGAAUACAUUGAUGAAACAUGGAAGCAAUAUCCACUCUUGCCUAACCAUCCUUAUGAAAGAGCUCUUGCUCGCUUUUGGGCUAAUUUUGUUGAACAAAAGCUUUUGGAUGCAGCAUGGGUUGCAAUGUGUACCAGUGGGGAUGAACAGGAGAAGGCUCUGCAUGUAGCCAGAGAAGCAAUGGAAAAGAUAGAAGAAGAGAUUAAGGGUAAGAAAUUCUUUGGAGGGGACAAUAUUGGGUACCUUGACAUUGCACUUGGAUGGAUCUCUUACUGGCUUCCUGUUUGGGAGGAAGUUGGAUCUAUGAACAUAAUAGACCCUUUGAAAUGUUCAGCCACCACUGCAUGGAUGACCAAUUUUCUUAGCCACCCUGUGAUCAAGGACAGCUUGCCCCCAAGACACAAGAUGCUUGUUUACUUCCACAGUCGCAGAAAGGAAUUGUCUUCAGCUUUUCAUGGCUGGUUCAAGGUUUAGAUCUGUUCAUCUGUGUUUAUGUUUCUUGAUGUGCAUAUCAUAGUAAUCCAACCUAGUUGGAUAAGAAAUGGGUCAAGUCUCUAUACGAAAGUUGUCCUUUUUAUAGAGUAAUAUCUGUUGUUAAAUAAAGGGUUUAUAAAUCUUUUGUGUGGGUAGAAUGGAAACAUAAAGAAGUCUUGGUUUGUAUUUUGGGUUCCUAAUUCCAUUGCAAGCCACUUCUGGUUGAAUCACUAUGUUUGCUUAUGAGUUGUUAUCAAGCCGUACUAUAUCGAGC